AUGAGUUUGAAAAGCCACGUAGUUUAUGAAGAUGGUAAAGAAGUUAUGGCAAAAUAUCCGUCAUCGACAUUUUAUUAUCGUGCUCAAGUCCAUGGUUAUGAUGAACACAAUGAUGAAUAUCAUAUUAAAUUUAAACGUGGAAGAAAAAUAUAUUAUAUCCCAUCAAGUGAAUUGCCUGAACAAUGUAUACAAGCAACAGCACGUAUAACAAGAAGUAACUCUAACACCCUUGCACCAUAUCCAUUGUAUACGAUGAGUGAUCAAGUGGAUCUCAUCUCAAAACAAGUACCAGCUGUCGUUCCUGUUAAUCAUCGAGCAGAUAAAGCUUAUCAUCCAAUAUUGUCUGCAAUCGAUGCAACAAAUAUUAAAGAUGAUCAUGAAGCGACUUAUUUAGACAUUGAACAAACAACAAAACUGUUGAACAGUAACAACAAUAAUCAUAGUCAUAUAAAAAGUUCAACAUUUGGUGUUGACGGUAAGAGUAGCAAUAAUGAUCGAUCUUCAGCAUUGGAUUCAAAUACAAGAACAACAUCACAUGUACAAAACAAUUAUGUAGAACGAUCGUUGCCACAACAACAUAAAAGCAUAGAAACCCCAUCUUCAUCAUCCGUUAUUGUGAAUAAUACAUUUGAACAUGUUAUUUCUCCUAAUCGCCGGUUUCAAGCGAAUUAUAUCGAUAUUUUACAACAUAAUUUGCAUUCGACAUCAAAUGUAAAUCAUUCCGCGGCAAGUAUACUUGAGCGACCGUUACCAAGACCAAGACAACAAGAAUCAAAAACAACGUUACAAUAUUACAACUGUCAACAACAUAUGUAUGAAUAUAAAGAAAAUUUUAUUUGUGAAUCAAAUAGCGGAAAAAUCGUAAAUGAACGAUAUCAAACUGGACAAAUACCAUCUCGAACAUUCAAAUCACGUUUUACAACAGCUUUGAGAACAUUUAUUCAAAUAUUAUUAGUACCCUUUAUUAUUUCAAUGAGUAUGAUCAUGUGCGCAAGAAAAUGUUUUACUGUUAAAAAUAUUAAUUAUGAAUUAUCGAAUAUGAGUAGUGAAUUGAAUACAACAAUGUUAAUGUUUACAACUGGUCAUAGUGUAUUAAUAACACUUGUCAACAGUUGGGCAUAUCAACAAGUUAUAACCUACAAUUGGUUACCAUUAUUGGUUCAUUAUAUGACACCUUUUUGUAUUGUGUCAGUUUUAACUACAUAUUUUGUUUCAUUGAUUGCAUCGUUUACACAAAAACAAGAGAAUAGCAAGCCAUUAUUCAUAUUAUCGUUAACAUCUGAAGAAAUUCAUUAUCGUUUUAAACUGAAUCCAAGUUUAGCAUUGUCAUUGUUUCUAUCGCUCUUAUUCUCAUUAGAAAAUAUAUUUAAUCCGAUUAAUCUUAUGCCAAAUAAAAUUGCAUCAUUAAGUUUUGAAAAUUUAUUCAAAUCUUAUCCGUUUGAAUUAAUUCGUUGGUUACAUCCAGCCAUGUUUUUGUUUCAACGUUAUAAAUUUCCUCCACAACUGAGAAAUUUUAUUUGCGCCGUAAUACUCAGCGGUGAAUAA